AGCGGAUACACCAGGGCAGGCGUGUUGAUGUAACUCCACGGCGAGAGAGGUUGCACGACUGACUGACUAGCAGGUUGGAUGAUACGGAUUGUGAUCUGAUCGGUCGUACAAAAAGGUUGCUACUUCCCAAUGCCUUGAUUCUUCUUCCCAUCGUCGCGUUUCGUGGUGUUCUUCUUUCCUUCUUGGUUCAUUACCACCCCAACCUGUUGGACCCUCGUCUCGAGGACAACUUGAAUCCGCAUCCUACAACCCCGCCAUUACAAUCGCGCAGGUCGAGAAAAAAAUGUCGGAGAACCAGGACCCGGAGUUGGCGAAGGGUGAUGCCCUUAAAGUUACUGCUUCGGCUUCAUCGUCCAAACAUCCGGUUCCUGUCGAAGGCACAACACAACACCUCCCCACCUACGAACACGAAAAGGCUUUAACAUGGAAACUCGAUAUCCGCAUCUUGCCGAUGCUAGCUGUGAUGUACUUGUUCAAUGCUCUUGACAAGGGCAACCUAGGUAAUGCCAAAACGGAUGGUAUGGAUAAAGACUUGCAUUUCAAGGGGAAUCAGUAUAAUAUCAUGCUGAGCAUCUUUUACGUGCCAUACGUAAUUUUUGCACCCCCCGUUGGCAUGCUGGGAAAGAAGUACGGUCCGCACCGUGUACUACCGAUUAUGAUGUUUUCUUUUGGCAGUGCAACGUUGUUGGCUGCCAGUGUGCAUAAUUGGAGUGGCAUGAUGGCGUUGCGAUGGUUUUUGGGAAUGGCAGAGAGCGCCUUUUUCCCUCUAGUCAUCUACUAUCUGACCACUUUCUACCGCCGUGGCGAACUCGCACGACGCCUUGCUAUUUUCUACGCUGCUUCGAACAUUGCGAAUGCGUUCUCUGGACUCCUCGCUUUCGGCGUAUUUCAAAUUGAGUCGAAAUUAGAUUCCUGGAGAUAUCUGUUCAUUAUUGAGGGCUCUCUCACAGUUCUUUUUUCCUUCUUCGCAUACUGGUAUCUCCCCAAGAAUGCGUACGAAGCCAAGUUUCUCAACGAAGCGGAGAAAGAACUGGCCUUCACCCGUAUUCAGAUUGACUCUUCGUCCGUCGUCAACCAAGAGUUCAACCUGAAAGACGCACUCGGCAUUUUCAAGGAACCGUCGACAUACGGAUUUCUCCUCAUUGAAAUCUGCCUUGGUGUACCCUUGCAAUCGGUAUCGCUCUUCUUGCCGCAGAUCGUGGGUAGAUUGGGCUACGACAAGAUCAAGACAAACCUUUACACAGUCGCACCAAACGUCGUCGGUGCCUGUGUUCUCCUCAUCCUGGCCUUUGCCUCAGAUUAUACGCGUCUUCGGUCCCCCUUCAUCGCCCUCGGCUUCCUCCUGACUUUCAUCGGCUUCAUCAUCUAUGCCACCAUUGAUGUCGAGCACUCGCUUACUGUCGCCUACUAUGCCUGCUUCAUGAUGACGUGGGGAACAUCUGCGCCUUCAGUGCUGCUCUCUACAUGGUACAACAACAACGUCGCAGACGAGAACCGACGUGUGACACUUACCUCUGUUGGUGUGCCGCUGGCAAACUUGAUGGGCGUUGUUAGCUCGAACAUCUUCAGACCUCAGGAUGCGCCAGCGUACAUUCCAGCGCUGGCCACAACGGCGGCGUUUGGGGCCACAGGCUGCUUGUGUGCGGUGCUGUUGGGCACGUAUAUGAUGAUUGAUAACAAGAGGAGGAAUGCUCGCCAGGGCGUCAAUCUCACCGCCAAAGACGUAUCGACAGAGAAAUUGAGAGAUGGACCAAAGAACCCAGAAUUCAGAUGGUUCUUGUAAGAUUUGCUUGUGGGCUUCAAUGGGAAAAGUUUCAAUCGCGAAUUAUUUAGACGGGACAUAAAACCUAGUGUGCAAAGACAAAUUGUUCUACAUGUAGAUAAUACGGUGUAAAAAAGAAUGCUGUACGUCGAACAAGAAAUCGUGUACAUUGCGAGCUUGAGCCAGGGGACGGAAAUGCUCCUGAAGCCACCGUGCCUGACAUGGUCACGCGUCCCCCGGUUCCCCGAAUAAGCACGAGACAAGCGCGGAGGCUAGCGCAUUGUCGUGUCUGCCUUGCCGCCAACUUGGCUCAGCAAGUACAGGAUGGGAAACGUAGAAUGACGGAACAUGAUCAGACUAUAUGCUACACGGCUACAAGAACAUGGACAAUCGUGGAUGAAUAGAC